AUGAAUCAAGGCUCAAUUCCAGAAGAUGACACGCCAAACUCCAUACACAUGCAGAUUCCCAAACAGAACGAUUAUGAGGACACACUGAGAGGUGCUCAGAAAGCCUUCAUUACUACUGACUCAGUACACUGUCCAAAAAGUCCAUCCCACACCGUUUGCUCUAUCAAGAAGAGGCGGAACAAUGGGCACUCCAAGAAGGGCCGCGGGCACAUCCAGCCCAUCCGCUGCACCAACUGUGCCCGCUGCCUCAACCAGGACAAGGCCAUCAAGAAGUUCGUCAUCUGGAACAUCGUGGAUGCUGCCACAGUCCGAGACAUCUCCGAAGCCAGUGUCUUUGAUUCGUAUGUGCUGCCCAAGCUGUAUGUGAAGUUGCAUUACUGCGUCAGCUGUUCCAUCCACAGCAAAGUAGUGAGGAACCGUUCUGGGAAGGACAGUACCCCUCGGCCCAGCUUCAGGCCUGUGGGCGCAGCCCCGAGACCGCCCCACAAGCCUAUGUAA